AUGGCGCUCGACAAGGUGCUCAACUCCAACUUUUUAAAGUCGAUCCGCGAUUUCUGGUAUGAGCACUUGCCGGGCGAUGAUGACCUCGUCGUGCCUGGCCAAGUCGCGCAUAAGCGCUGGUACGCCGGCGGCGCCGAAUUUGAUAAGGCAUGCUUGACGCAAUUUGAGCCAGCUCUCGAAGCCAUCAAUGCGUCCGGUGUCGACGGCGCCGAGCUUCUCCGUCUCGUUCAACCGACGGAGCCGUGCGACUGGCUAAGCCUCAUCCUGCUGCUCGACCAGAUCCCGCGCAACUGCUACCGCGGGCCUGCCUCGCGCGUCGUCUUUACCGUGUUUGAUCCGCUGGCGCUUGCCGUCGCGAAGGCAGCCGUUGCCGCGGGGGUGCCGCACACGGCGCCCGAGAUUCGUUGGCAGUUUGCGUUCCGGACGUGGUUUUACCUCCCGUUUGAGCACACCGAGGACGCAGCCAUGCACGACGAGUGCCGUCGGCAGUACGAGGGGCUCGCGCGGGAUGUUGAAACGCUGCUGGCUGAGAAGGAGGAGCCCAAGAAUGCGGAUGCGUACAAGCGGCGCGCGUGGCAGGUGGUGCAAGGGAAUGAAGAGGCCGCGCGGGCGCUUGUGCGCGCGCAGCUCGACUUUGCGGAGCGCCACGAGGCCAUUAUCAAGCAGUUUGGGCGCUAUCCCCAUCGCAACGAGCCGCUGGGACGAGAGACAACGGCAAAGGAAAAGGAAUUUCUGGAGAGUGGCGGCGACACGUUUCAGAGCAAAUGA